AUGGCUUCAGCCAAAGCACUGUGGUUUGGUGUUAUUCUUAUGGCUAUAUGCUGCACUCUGGUACAGCCGGGAUUCAGACAUUCUAUGUACAUCUUCUCUCAGGGGUUGAUUGGUAUCAAAUCAUCCAGCCUUCAUGUAAGAGAAAAAAGAGAAUCUCCAACGAAUAUAACUGAUUAUGAAUUCCAAGCUGUUAUGAACAUUUCUGACCUGGAGAUGUUUCAACUGCUACUCAACAACCUCAGCUUUCCCAUAUCGAUCACCAACACAAGUGAAAUUUCCAGCCUGGGUAAAACAACAGUAUGUUCACCAAAUAUUACUGGAUACCAGUGCAUGUGUGAGAAGAACUUUGCUUGGUCCUAUAACAGCUGCGUUGUACACAGAGUCUGUGAUGCCAUUAUUGGUGACACCUGUGGCUGCAUUAAUGAUCUUCCAGAUGAUUAUCAGUUCUGUCAGCUAAACAGCAGCCAAAUAGCAGAUUCUGGUCUCCUCUCCAUCCUCAUCCUCCUUGAGAAGAGUACGGCCUUUGACACCAUAUCACACUCCAUCCUCCUCAAUAAAUAA